AUGGCCUCUCGUACUGUUUCUGUGAAAGAAGACUCGCCCGAUUCUUCGGAGACACCCUCUUCGGCGACCUCUUCGGAGACCCGAUCUUUGGGACAACCUGAGGAGUCCUCAUUUAUCCAUCAUGAAUCCCAUACCAACAUUCCGGAACAAACCAACAUCUGGUCUCCUCUCGACAACUUCAAGACUUCAUUCUUGAAUCAGCUGGGAUAUCGCUUCCUUCAACUCCUUGAAAAAGGAACCCUUAAACUCGAUCCUAAUGCCAUAAUAUGGAUCGAUGACAACGGACUCCCAACAACGGAGGGAUUGCCGACUUUAGGCCCCGAAGACAUGAAGAGACCAAGACCAUUUUAUUUCGCAGGCCAAGACGCCGAUUUGACGGUCUACGAUGACGGGAUUAGCUUGGAACGUACCAGUUGGCGCCAACCUGCUAUGGAAGAAAAGACACCUACGCCAACUUCUCUCUUCGAUUUGGUCUUUACUGAGUUGAAAUCGAUGCGUCAAAUAACUCAUUUGGUCUGGAGAAAUCUACUUCGUCGCUUCGAGUUACCUGCAGCAUCAGGCGAGCCUUGGACAGACCUCAUGACGGCCAAUCGAGUGAAAGAAGCUAUUAUUCAAGAGAGAAAAGACUUCAGGAAUCUCGAACGCUUGCAGAAUGCAUUUACAAAUGCAGAAUGUAUGAGGGGGAUGCUCCUAUGGAUAUCUUACGAUGCCAUUCACUCCCUCGCGGGGGUAGAUCCCAAGAGCUCAGACAGGGACGCUGCCCUGGAAUGCCUUGACAGCGAGCUAGGAGGCAACGUUUCCGAGGUCAUGAGGCUGGCUGAUAUGCUUCAACUGGGCCAAGUGCCUUCUGAUAGAUUCGUUACCGGGGCUGAGAAACUGGCCAAAGUCGCAAGUGUGCUCCGCGCUGGAGAGAUGGGGCCGUCGAUGGGUGAGCAUCUCGCUGCGAGGGGCCACUUCCUCGACAAUGGCCAUGAGCUACGGCCGUUUCGUGGGCGUAAGCGUCGUCGUCUGGAAUAA